UACAGCUGGCUCGGCAAACGAUAGGCAGGAAAUAAAACAAAAAAAAAAAAAAAAAUCAACAAUAAAUUUCUUUGUAUAUAUUUUCUUCGAUCAAAUUUGCAAGCAACUGCAUUAUGGCGUUGAAGAUGAACCAAAACCAGAACCAGAUCAAAACUAACUUCGCCCAGCAGUAUGUGGGUAGGAUGGUCGAACCCAUUUCGCCGGUGCCGCACAUGUCGUCAUCAACUCUACGAGUCCGUCGGGCUGUCGUCGAAUCCUAUCGGGGUCCUCAAAUCGCCCCCGAUGAUGCCAUGCUGCCAAUGCCGCCGCACAACAAAGCCCAGAAUAUGGGUGAGAUUCUGCAGGACCUUCGACAAAGACUGGCGAUUCCGAAGUUCUGGCAACGAGCCUUGCGACUCCUGAAGAAACGGGCCUAGUUCACAUUUUUAAAUACGAUAAUAGCGAUAAUAGACUGGUGCAACCAAGUCAUAUCUAUACUGCGACUACUACUCUCGUCCACUUGUAAAGUCCUUAAAUAAAAACUGCAAGUGUGUUCGAUUUUAGGUUCCACAAAUGGUUGUAAUCCCAUGAAAAUCCCAUGAAAAACAUGUGUAUUGACUGUGCUCCGAAGAUGUUUUAUAUAUGAACUCAAAAAUGGUUUAUUUAUUUAAAUUAAUUAAAAAUACAGAUUUGAAUACCCUUACAA